CUAGUUUAUAAGCCUAAUAAGCUACUCCUCCCAUCGCCAUUUGGUUUUGAAUGGAACCUCACUGUGCACCUAGGCUCAUCCUGUUAUGGUGCAUGGACCGCACCCCUGAUUAUCAAAAUUUGGCAGAAUUUAUUAAAAUGGCUACCUGAAAGCGCGGUCACCAGACACUUUCUUUAUAAGCUUGCAAAAUACCCCAUAUUUAUGAAUGUUUUUAUGUGUAUGUGGUGUAGCAAAAUUAGGAGAGUGGUACUGUCUUGUCUCUGUUCUCUUUUCCUCCACCCUGUUCGUUAUGGUUUUGAUGGAAUUUCGUUCUAAAUGAAUUGUUAAUUUGUUGGUCUGAAUGAAUUUUCAGCUUAGUGGAUUUUAAUGAGUUCCCGAUUUUGGGUUCAAUAAGUUUUUCACCUCCGUUUCUCUUUGGUGACCUCCAUAUGACCAUUUAGCAAUUCUUAUCGUUGUGCAGUAGACUCUGUGUAAAAGAUGCGAAUAAACUGCACAGGUGAAUCUCAAAAUGAUCGUUUUACUAAAAGAUUUUUAAAGCCAUUAUUUUGAUUUCUUCUUCCUUGUGUGUUGAUGGGUCCCUCGGGCUGAUUACGUCUGAUUCGGGAUAGGAUUGAACCUUAAAUUAUCAUCUGCGUAAUUAUUUUGGUUUUUGUGGUUAUUGGCUAUGUUGAAAAAAUGUGUUAUGAUAUUGAUAGCAGACUAAAGAAAAACCCUCAUAACGGUUCUUAAAUAUCAAGUCCAACUUGCCGAAUUUGUUGCUGUAGUAAAAUUAUUUUCGUGCUCGCAUAUUAUUAUCUUAUCUUUAACUAUAUUCAUUUCACCAUCAUGAAUUCUUUCAUAAUUCAUCUCGUUCAAUUAUCAGGCUGAAUUGGCCCGACUAAGUAUCUGACGUUUGGUCAGAGUUGCCGAUCCAUGGUUGAUGGAAUCAUAAUCUUCCUUUCAUUUGCUAGUUGUUCACAAUGUUAAUGGCAAAGCCACUUAAUAAGCUUGUAUCUUGUGUUAUUCUUGGCUUGGACGGUACACUUAACACAGAUGGCAUCGUGAACGAAGUUCUGAAAGUUUACUUGGUUAAAUAUGGAAAGCAAUGGGAUGCAAAAGGAACUCAUAGAAUUAUAGGGAAAUCGCCCUAUGAAGCUGCUGCUGUUAUUGUUGAGCAUUAUGAACUCCCCAUAACCACUGAUGAAUUUCUGUCUGAAACUGCUCCAUUAUUUGCUGACAAGUGGUGCAAUUCAAAGCACUACCUGGUGCUGACAUGUUCCACUGUGUAUCUGAUUGUCCAGCAUUCAUGUGUAGGUUGGAAAGAAACAUUCUCUGUUAUUGUAGGUGGUGAUGAAGUCACUUCUGGAAAGCCAUCUCCUGCAAUGCCAGGUGUGACUGCGGGUAAGGCAGCUGGAAUGGAAGUGGUUGCUGUCCCGUCCUUGCCUAAACAAUCCCACCUUUUCACAUCUGCAGAUGAGGAGCCAUGGCUGCUUCAUGAGUUUAACGAGGACUUCUAUGGUGAGGAAUUGCGUCUCGUUAUUGUUGGCUAUAUGAGGCCGAAGGCCAACUUUACAUCACUCGAGAGCCUAAUAGCAAAGAUCCACGAAGACAGGAAAACUGCAGAGAAUGCUCUUGAAAUGCCCCUGUAUUUGAAGCACAGGGAUGAUCCUUAUUUAACUAUUUUCUUGCAACACAACAACUAGCUGAAGUGUUUAUAUCUGUCGAAUAAAUUUAGAGGUGUAAUGUGGCUCGAUUCAUUCGAAUGGCCGUGGGAUAUAAUAUGAUUAUGAGCAUUCUUAUUGUAAUAGCCCAUUUUUAUCUAAUGUAAAUUACGUUCUUAGCUUCGUAAUGUUCAUAUUAUUCUCGGAAUCCAAAGUAUAAGUCAAUUUAUGUUCAAUCGCUCGAUAAAAAUAUUAUCGAAUCAAAUCGUACUUAAUCGAGCGGAAAAUAUGCUAAUCUCGCGCUAAUCGUGCGUGAUCAUACGCAUAAUCGUACUUAAUGGUUCCUUAAGUACCUCAAUUAUGUUCAU